ACAUUAACAAAGAGAUUGCCACGGUAAAGGCUACUAUGUGUCGGGGAAAAAAAAUAAAAUGUUACUAUGUGCUGUGUGCUGUAUGAAGCACAAAACCCAUCAAAACUUGUGACAUCACCUUUCUCGAAUUGUCACUACCAUAUCAUCCUCAAUCCUCCGCCUAUCGAUCCCACCACUGCCCACUACCCCCGCCCCCCCGCUCUUCCCGGCGGCGAAUCACGUUGGAUCUCCUUAAACCUCUCAAAUUCUCUGCCCUAAUUCACUAUCACAAUUCCAAAUGAUUCCGUAACGACUCGCUUACUCACCGAUCUAAUUCAAAUUUGGUAAAACCGAUUGAAUCAAUUUGGAUCAAAGUCCGAAUAUGGAUCAAUUCGAGGCUUAUUUUCGGAGAGCAGAUUUGGAUCAGGAUGGUCGGAUCAGUGGCGCUGAGGCUGUUGCCUUUUUUCAAGCCUCCAAUUUGCCCAAACCGCUUCUUGCUCAGAUAUGGACAUAUGUUGAUCAAAGUCAUACUGGUUUUCUUAGCCGCCAAGAAUUUUUCAACUAUCUUAAGCUUGUUACAGUGGCACAAAAACGAGAGUUGACCCCUGAAAUAGUGAAAGCUGCACUAUUUACCCCAGCUUCAGCUAAAAUUCCUCCGCCCCAGAUAAACCUUGCAGCCAUACCAGGUCCUCGUCCAGCUAAUAAUGUUGGUUCUGCAGUCCCUCCUGUCAGUGGUGCUGCAGUGCCUCCAGUUAGUGGCGCUGCUCCAAUAACAGCACCAAGUAUUGGCGUUAGGGGUCAACAGGGCUUUCCAGCUCAGCAAAGCCAGUACGUGAGGCCUCCUCGACCACCCAUUCCGAGCUCCACUUUUCAGCCUCAACCAGGUGUUUCUGGUCAAGGAAUGCCAGGUGCAGGUACCAUGGCAGGUUUUAGUCCUGCCAAUUCCUCUGGUUGGCUUGCUGGUAAUGGUGGCUCCCAAGCAGCUGUUACUUCCCAAGCUCCUAAUGUAGGUAUCAGUUCUAGAAGUCAAGAUGGAUUUGAUCAUACUUCUCCACAGCAGAACCAACAAAAGACCACUUAUUCGGCACUACCAGGUUCAUCUAAAUUAAAUGAUGCAACUCUGCGUGGUAACCAGCCAGAUGCAAAGGAUUCUAAAGCUGUUCCAGUCUCAGGAAAUGGAUUUGCAUCUGACUCGCCUUUUGGAGAUGCCUUUUCAGUUGCAUCAGUUCAACCAAAACAAAACUCUGCACCAAGUAUAUCUUCUGCUAGCAGCUUACCAGUCUCACCAUCCAUCAUCAAUGCAUCUGCAGGGGUCCAACAUCCAGUAAAGGCCCACUCAGUCGAUUCACGAGUUGCACUUCCACAGCAACCAGUAAACCAGCAUCAGCAAGCUCAGUUGACCGGGAGACCAAACCAACAGGUCUUAGUGCCAAGCUCUGCUGCAAAUCCUAAUGCAGCUGGAAAUUCUCUGUCUGGUCAGUCUCAGCUUCCUUGGCCAAGAAUGACUCGGUCUGAUUAUCAGAAGUACAGCAAAGUAUUUAUGGCUGUGGACACGGACAGGGAUGGAAAAAUUACUGGCCAGGAGGCAAGGAACCUGUUUCUGAGUUGGAAGUUGCCUCGAGAGGUGCUGAAACAGGUGUGGGAUUUAUCUGAUCAAGACAAUGACAGCAUGUUGUCUUUAAGGGAAUUCUGCAUUGCUCUAUACCUGAUGGAGAGACACAGGGAAGGUCGCCCUCUUCCUUCAGUCCUUCCGACCAAUCUUAUUUUUGACGAGUCAUUAUUGCCUGCUUCUGGUCAGCCUACCCCAUCACAUGGUGCUGUUGCUUGGAGACACACACCAGCUUCCCAGCAAACACAGGGGCCAAGGGGUGCAGGACAGGUGGUUUCUGGUGCUCCAGGGAAGCCUCCACGCCCAUUUCCCAUUUCCCAGCCCAAUGAAGUUGUGCAGCCUAGUCAACAGAAGCCUAAAGUUCCUGCACUGGAGAAGCAUCUUGUUGACCAACUUAGCCAAGAGGAACAGGAUGCAUUGACCUCUAAGUUCCAGGAAGCAACUGAUGCAGAAAAGAAGGUCAUGGAAUUGGAGAAGGAAAUUUUGGACGCUAAAGAAAAGAUUCAGUUUUACCAUGCAAAGAUGCAAGAACUAAUUCUAUACAAAAGUCGAUGUGACAAUAGACUAAAUGAGAUCACUCAAAGAACUUCUGCUGACAAAAGAGAGGUUGAGUUAUUGGCUAAAAAGUAUGAAGAGAAAUACAAGCAGACAGGAGAUGUUGCUUCUAAAUUGACAAUUGAAGAGGCAACUUUUCGGGAUAUUCAGGAGAAAAAAAUGGAGCUAUACAAGGAAAUUGUUAAAAUGGAUCAAGAUGGCAAGACUGAUGGUAUCCAGGAUCGUGCUAGCCAUAUCCAGAUGAACCUUGAGGAGCUAGUAAAAGCACUGAAUGAACGAUGCAAAACUUAUGGUUUACGAGCUAAACCAACUACACUGCUUGAGCUUCCAUUUGGUUGGCAACCGGGCAUCCAAGAGGGUGCAGCAGAUUGGGAUGAAGAGUGGGAUAAGUUUGAAGAUGAAGGAUUCACCUUUGUGAAAGAGCUCACGCUUGAUGUGAAAAAUGUCAUUGCUCCUCCUAAACCAAAGUCUUCAUUGGUUCGUGAGAAAGCAUCUCCUUUAGAUGAGGAUGCAGGAAAACCAUCUGCUGAUGCUGAGACUGAUGCGAAGAUAGAUAAGGUGCCAAACCAUGGACAAGCUAGAGAAGUUAGUGACACAGAAUCUGCGCAUGGACAUCAACAAACAGCAAGAAGUCCAACUGAUAGUCCAUCAAGAAGUAAUGCAGUUGAGAGCCCGUCCAAAGAAUUCCAAGAGUCUAUGUAUGGGAAGGAUGUCAAUUUUGAUGGUUCACCCCAUGCUGCCCCAAGGAAGGACAUUGGUUUUGAUGGUUCACCCCAUGCUGCCCAAAGUGAACGCUGGGGUACUGAAUCUGUGUUCUCGGACAAAGGUUUUGAUGAAUCUGGCUGGGGUACAUUUGACACCAACUUUGACACUGAUGCCGCAUGGGACCUCAAUUCUGUUGCAAAGGAUGCGGAUCGUGACAAUCAUAAGGAAGCUUCUCUUUUUGGAGCUGAUGACUGGGGCCUAAGCCCUAUUAAAACGGGGUCCAAACAGUCUAUCGACACGCUCCCGAAGCAAAGUCCAUUCUUUGAUUCUGUUCCUAGCACCCCAAGUUACAAUGUUGGGUUAGACAACACUUUCCCGAAGCAAAGCCCGUUCUUUGAUUCUGUUCCUAGCACCCCAAGUUACAAUGUUGGGUUAGACAACACUUUCCCGAAGCAAAGCCCGUUCUUUGAUUCUGUUCCUAGCACCCCAAGUUACAAUGUUGGGUUAGACAACACUUUCCCGAAGCAAAGCCCGUUCUUUGAUUCUGUUCCUAGCACCCCAAGUUACAAUGCUGGGUUCAGUUAUUCAGACAACACGUUCCCGAAGCAAAGCCCUUUCUUUGAUUCUGUUCCAAGCACCCCAAAUUACAACUCCGGAUUCUCUCAGACUGAUAUGUUCUCGAGGCAAAGUCCCUUCUUUGAUUCUGUUCCUAGCACACCAGUUUAUAAUUCAGGCGGCUCCCCAAAUGCAGAUAAUAUGUUCCAGAAAAAGAGUCCAUUUGCCUUCGGGGACUCAGUUCCGAGCACGCCUAUGUACAGUUCCACAAACUCACCUCGAAGAUCUAGUGAAGGGUUUGAAGAACACUCGAACAGUUUCUCCAGAUUUGAUUCCUUCAACAUGCAGGAUAGUGGCCCCUUUGGCACUCGUGACUCUCUUUCAAGAUUUGAUUCAAUGCGCAGCACCAGAGACUCUGACUAUGAUCAUGGUUCAUUCCAGCAGCGGGACUCGUUUGCUAGGUUCGAUUCAUUUCGCAGCGCCGCAGACUCCGACUAUAAUUUUGGGCAAUUUCCUCCUCGUGCUUCACUAACUAGGUUUGAUUCCAUCAGUAGCACCAGGGACACAGAUCAUAGUCAUGGUUUCCCAUCUUUUGAUGAUGCAGAUCCAUUUGGGUCAAAUGAUCCAUUUAAGACAUCAGUGGAGAGUCAGGCACCAAGGAGAGAUUCUGAUAGUUGGAAAGCGUUUUAAUGGGGGUAAUGGAGUACUAGUACGAAGCCAUUUUAUAUUCUAUUUCAUUUUAUCUUUGGCCAGUUUGUUGUUUGUAGGUAUUGUGGUUAGAUAAAAAUUGUGUGCGGCAUGAGUUAGCAUAGCGAUAAGCUGUAUUUCCUUGUAUUAUGCUAUUAGCUUGAUUUUUUAUUUUUUCCCUUGUGAAUUUUGACAGUCUACCACAUUAUUUUAUCAGACUUCAUGGUGCAGAACUUUUGCUGGUUCACCCAUAUUGAAAGUAUAAACGUGUAUAAUGAACAUUUUUUGUUAGUUGGUUUUGGAGAGUUCGUUUGGUUCA